AGUACAGUAGACCAUCCGGGUAUUUCUCGCCUACUGUUUUUUGCAUACUGAGGUUUUUAACAUACUAUUCGUGACUCAUACUUAUUUUCGCCUACUGUAUAGUAUGGAAGUCGGUGAUUUCGGACGCAUCCACUUUUUCUCAGUCAUUCUUUGCUUGGUAUUGUGUUACGUCACCGUUGCUUCUGUUCAUUGUGUUCUAUGUCAUGCCCUGGAUUUUUAUGUUGUUUGGACUGUCUCUCUGUGUAUGACCCAUGGCUACUCACUGAUUUGCCUGUGGAUUAGCCCUUAAAUAAACUGCGUUUGGAUCCUCACCUCCGAGUCUUUGCAAUUCGUGACAGGUGGGCCGAUGUGAUGGAAGUGAACACUGAGGAGAAGACUUUCACGUGUCAUCAGUGUGGAAAAAGUUUCACGUGUAAAAGUGACCUUAACACACACAUGAGAACUCACACCGGAGAAAAACCUCACACAUGUCUACAGUGUGGAAAGACUUUUACAAAUACAAGUCACCUUAAGAGACACAUGAGAAUUCACACCGGAGAAAAACUGUUUGCAUGCCAUCAGUGUGGAAAGACUUAUACUUCUGGUGGUUCUCUAAAGAUGCACAUGAGAAUUCACACUGGAGAGAAACCUCACACAUGUCUACAGUGUGGAAAGGCUUUUACUUCUGGUGGUUCUCUAAAGAUUCACAUGAGAAUUCACACCGGAGAGAAACCUCACGCAUGUCAACAGUGUGGAAAGACUUUUAUUUCUGGUGGUCCUCUAAAGAUUCACAUGAGAACUCACACCGGAGAGAAACCUCACGCAUGUCAACAGUGUGGAAAGACUUUUAUUUCUGGUGGUCCUCUAAAGAUUCACAUGAGAACUCACACUGGAGAAAAACCUCACGCAUGUCUACAGUGUGGAAAGACUUUUAUUUCUGGUGGUCCUCUAAAGAUUCACAUGAGAACUCACACUGGAGAGAAACCUCACGCAUGUCUACAGUGUGGAAAGACUUUUACAAUUAUAAGUAACCUUAAGACACACAUGAGAACUCACACCGGAGAGAAACCUUACGCAUGUCAACAGUGUGGAAAGAGUUUUACAAAUAAGAGUGACCUUAAGAUUCACAAGAGAAUUCACACUGGAGAGAAACCUCACGCAUGUCAACAUUGUGGAAAGAGUUUUACAAAUACGAGUGACCUUAAGAGACACAUGAGAAUUCACACUGGAGAGAAACCGUUUGUAUGCCAUCAGUGUGGAAAGAGUUUUACUUCUGGCGGUCAUCUUAAGAUUCACAUGCGAAUUCACACUGGAGAGAAACCGUUUGUAUGUCAACAGUGUGGAAAGAGUUUUACUUCUGGCGGUCAUCGUAAGAGACACAUGAGAAUUCACACCGGAGAAAAACCUCACACAUGUCAACAGUGUGGAAAGAGUUUUACUUCUGGCAGUCCUCUAAAGAUUCACAUGAUAAUUCACACCGGAGAGAAACCUCACGCAUGUCUUCAGUGUGGAAAGAGUUUUACAAAUAAAAGUAACCUUAAGAUGCACAUGAGAACUCACACUGGAGAGAAACCUCACGUAUGCCAUCAGUGUGGAAAGAGUUUUACAAAUACAAGUCACCUUAAGAUGCACAUGAGAAUUCACACAGGAGAGAAACCUCACGCAUGUCUACAGUGUGGAAAGAGUUUUAAUUUGCAAGGUACCCUAACCAGACACAUGAUGAUUCACUGGAGAGAGAACCUUCGUGUGUCAUCAGUGUAGACAUUCUUUUGCAUGCCUUCAGUGUGGAAAGAUUUACAAGUAAUCUCAAGAGCAUACGAGAACUCACACUGGAGAGAAACCUUUCACAGUGGUUAAAGGAGACUGCAUUAUGAAGGGCUAAAAUGAAGUAAAUUUUGUACAUGUAAUGUGAUCCAAAUCAAAUAGUAAUGUACAAAUUUGUCGUUGGGUUUAUUUAGCACAUGUGUAUCUCUCUCUCUCUCUGCUUUAUCUUCUCCAAGUACAGUAUAUAGUGGCGUUUCCCUUGUAGUGGUGUAUUUGGGACAUACAAGAGGAAAUGUUUCUCAUCCUCUAAUACAUUUAGAUUAGUGUUUGCAUAGUCUUUGUUCUCCCACACUCAAGGAUUUUGAAUGUCUUCCUUUCUCUAUUUCUAAAUUAUGGCCACAAGAGUCAAUAUUUUGAAAGAAUUGGUCUUUCUUUGAAUUGUUUAAUUGCCCAUUUGGUGACUCUAUUUAUGGCCGAAUAACACUGGGGUUUGGUUUGAGGUCUUUUUUUACAUUUACAUCACAUUUAUAAUUGAGACUUUUGAGAUCUCUUUAUGGAUGUCAGGAUUGGGUUUGGAGUCAGACUUACACCUCUGUUUUGGCUGGGAGUCUCCUGUUUUUCACACCCAUCUCCCACCACCUUCCUGUUAUGUUAUUUCUCACAUAAAACGUAUUUCAGUUAUUUCUCCUCUGAAAUUCCCAGACCGACGGGAACCGAAACGAGUCCGUGUGAACGGGUGGGGACACUUGAACCACUGCCCAUUUGCCCUCAUAGCCUGAGGUGCCCGUUGGUAGGCGAAAUUGAACAGUAGCCGAAGUGGAGUAGUAUGGAGAGGAUUCACAUCCCCGCUAAAAACGUUCUCUUAUUACACCUCUUAAGGUCUGCAUAUUCCCCUCGUUUUUCAUUUAACGCUCGUUCCUCACAGUCUGUGUCCGCACACGAAAAUAUUUCUUAUCCAGUGAGUAAGCUCUCUGUAUCGUUUUUGCUCUUGGUCUAAUAGUAUUUUCGGAAGUCUGCCUAAUUAAACUAGUGAAACUGAUACCAUCUUUUAAAUCCACAUUUGCUGUUGUUGUCACACUUUCUAUGCCUUUAAAAAGACGUAGGCAGAGGGUGUCCAAGGUGGCACUGAACACCUCUGACAACCAAUUGGCCACCCUGGGUGCCACCCCCAAAUUUGAUUUGCUACCUAUGUUGAUUGACAUCUGAUUUCACCUCUCGUUGAAUUCGGUGGAAGUGCUUGCACGUGACAUCUCCGCACACGAAAGUCGAGCGGUCCCACCAAACGCAAUUUGCGCGAAUGAAUCGAGCUAUUCGCACGUAGUUUCAUGCUUGAACAUUUUGAGUUUACUCGCUUCGUUUGCGCAUGAAAUUCACUUCAGAAUAGAUGCGAAUUCGCGUCAUUGGAGGGGCUUCUACAGGCGGCUCCAGUCUCGUGUGUAUAUAUAUAUAUAGCUCAGAUUGAGUAAAGAUCGUUGUUUACAAUUUACCAGAUUGUCCGACCUCCUCACUCACUUUCUUCCAAGCAAGAUCAUUUGUAUUACUGUUUCGAUAGAAGUAAGAUGUAUCGUACACCUCCGGGUAUCCAAAUACAGCAAAGAUGAUUUUGUCCUCCAUUGUUGUUUCGGAUUUCUGUCUCCGCUCGCUACGUCAUAAUAACGUCACUACUAGGGCAAGCUCCUGAUUGGUUAACGCGGCACGAAUUUUUGCCAAAGUUUAGAUUUUUCAACUCGCCCGAAACGCUCAAUUCCCGCCACGUCAUUUGCGCCCUAUCAUGUCUUUGACUUAAAAUGUAAAUCACUCGCGCUUAACGCUUCAUUUAGAUUCAAUUUAUUGUCAUUGCACAUGUACAUGUACAAGGCAACGAAAUGUGACCUCUGCAUUUAACCCAUCCAGAGAGUAGUGAACACACGUACCCCCAGAGCAGUGGGCAGCUAUCACUGCAGCGCCCGGGGAGCAAGUAGGGGAAAGGUGCCUUGCUCAAGGGCACCUCAGUUGUUACCCGGCGGCCCUGGGAAUCGAACCGGCAACCUUCUGGUCAUGAGUCCGACUCUCUAACCAUUAGGCCACAACUGCCCGUAUUUCAUUCGCAUUUGGUGGGAACGCAGCAUUAAACAAGUCACUACUGUGCAAUCGCGUUCCACGCUCUCUAUUACUCGCGGGAAAAGUUAGUUAUUUUUGAGUGACGUGAAAACUCUUCGCACAUUCAUAGCUCGAAUUGAAAUUUUUCAACUUGCGCGGAAGAACGCCUCAAACGCGCCGCCCGAUUUGCAUCACGCGCACCGCCUGCCGCGAGUUUGCGUCUAUGCGCGUCCUUGCAUGGACUUUGUAUGUAAUUUAUUCGCGCCAAACGCUUAAUUCGCGUUUGGUGAGAACACACAGCAGCCUUUACCGCUAUAUUUACCCUGUGUAGAACAGAAAAAAGUUGCGCGAUGGAUGAAAUCUGAGAUUUCUUUAAAUACUGACGAACGAUAUAAAAGAAGCAAAUGGAUCACUGCAAUUUGCUAAACAAAUGUAGUAUUAAAACGUACACGCUUAGUAGCCAUUUCAAGUCAGACUUAACCAGGUAAGUUUUUUUUGUUGUUGAACAGUACCAUUGUAGUGUUAGCUACAUACUUUCUAACGUUACACCUUAGAUGUUGUCUAAAUGUAAAGUUUUCCCUGCGUUUUCUAACCUCAGAUAAAUAUAAACAGAAUGUUAAAAGAAACAGGGGAUUUCUCACAACACUAAGCAGGUGUACUUCAUGCAAACUUUAGAAAUGCACAAAGAAGCAUCGCGUUUAUAAGUUUCACUCUUCAGAUUUGGCUUUAGGAUUCCUAAACAACUUUUCAUUGUGCAAGUUAACGUUAGACUCCAUUAACAGAUAGUAUCGGUUCCCAACAUACAUUGUUUACAUAAGGGUCAGGAAUGAACAGAGGCUUUGGAAAAAAUGACAACAAGGCGAGUAAAACUGCCCUCAAAAUUGAAGAUAAAAGGGCAAAACGGUCCCUGCAUAAAAAACUAGCUUUGAGAGUAGCAAUCCAAUGCGGAUGACAGCUUUUUUGCCUUGAGCAUUACAGCCAAUCAAGUUCCUCGUAAGAAUGUACUGGCCAAUCAGAGGCGUUUAAAUGUCUGCCAGAAGAGCUGUGCUGAAGUGAUGCUCACAAAGUUGAUCAUUAACAACCACGUACAGAUACGUUGUAAGAAAGAGAUUCAUAGAGUAUUCAGACUCUUUACUGUAUUCUCUGAAGCCAUUUAGUUUAGAUUUUAGUGAUGUUGAAUGUUCUUUGUUUUCUAUAUAUUUCUCAUGUGAAUAACUGAUUUUUAUGUUCCUUAGAGAAUCAAAGCAGCAAUAAAACCGAAAUAAAAUAAUUCAUAAAUGCUUCCCAGCUUGUUUUGUAAAUACGUUAUAAUCAAGAUGACAAAAUCAAGGGCAAUAAUCAGCAUCAGUUAUUUUGUUUUAAUCUAGCAGUCCUAUGGAAUGAGUACAUCUUGUAACUGACAAGCAAGUUUUUGUAGCCAACUACACCACCUGGGGACUUUCACCCAAGGAUAUAAACACCCAAACAAACUUGGGCAUACAAGUUCCCGGUAUCCAGGAAGGAUUGAGACAAGUUUCAGUCAAAUAUGAGUUUUAUUAUUCUAAAAAGGUCCGAUAGGGCAGUUAAAAAAAAGACACUCAUACAAAUAUUAAUAAAUACCCAACAUUAAAUCACUCUUACAAAUACAUGUACUUGUUGGUUACCCACCAUCAGUUAUACAAUAUAAAUGUUCUCAUUCACAGAUACAGUGUUACGAGCCUCCCCCGGUCUAGGGGUAUCGGAGGUCGUAACAAGGAAUUUUACAAGGUUUAGUCAACAAAAAAACCUUAACAGUCAGGCAAGAGUCCUUUUCUCCCGUUCCAGCACUGCCCCAAAGAAAAAAAAAAUAUUUUUUUAACUUAAAAAGGUUUAUUUGGACAAUUUCAAGGUAAAAACAAACAUACAAAAUGCGGAGUAUAAUAAGGCUUCAGGAGGGGACCAGGCCAAAACAACAAACAUAAUAGAUCUAACUUAAGGGAGUGGAGCUUCCUUACCUCACAAAACAAAACUCAAAAACAAAGAAAGUCUUACCUUGCUCCCUUUCUGACAAAAACAGGAAAAAACAUGAACCUUAAAGAAAAAAGGCAUCCACCUCCCUACUGCUCCAAAAGAAACUAUAAUAAAGCUUCUGAUAAUGUCUCCAGUUGUUACUUAACCCACUAGUAAGUGGGUUAGUCUGUUUACUUUAAGCUGUACACCAACAACUACACAAACAGGCAACAGCUAUCACACAUGCUACUGUCUGGAACAGGAGACGACCGCUCAGAAGGCAGCAAAGUCAAAACGAAGCGGCAUCUCCACACAAGGUUUCCAGCUUUAUCUACAAGCUCUGCCUCAAACAGCCAAUCCGGACCAGGCAGAAGUUGAUUUCAAUUAGGACCAGCUGACCUCCAUUAAGCCUAUCAUUGAGUAGAGGAAAGAGAGAGAGAAAACAAAAACCAACACACUAAUAAUCAGCAGCCUAAGCACUCUCAAUCGAUGGUGCGUUGUGCCACAUCAUCAUCUGGGUAUUAUCAGCCGCUCUCACCCUCUACACGACGGUGUUUGGCAACCCCUCUGGUGAGGAAGCGAUCGUGCUCGUCUCUCUAGCCGAGAUGUUCAACAGGUUUUACAGCCCGUACUUCAUCAUCCCCAAAAAGGGGGUUGCUAGAUCUGCGUACCCUGAACAGGCACCUACUCAAGCUGCCGUUCAGGAUGCUCACGCAGAUGCGCAUCCUGGCAUCUAUCAGAUGUCAAGUUUGGUUCAUGGCAAUCAACCUGACGGACGCUUACUUUCAUGUCUAGAUUCCCCUCUCGUCAUCGCCCGUUCCUACGGUUCACUUUCGAGGGUCAGGCAUAUUAGUACAGAGUCCUCCCUUUCGGUCUGUCCCUGUCCCCACGAGUCUUCACGAAGAUCGUGGAAGCCGCCCUCACUCCCCUCAGGGAGAGAGGUGUGCGGGUACUAAACUAUCUCGACGACUGGCUCAUUUGACACACUCGCGAGACCUGUUAUGUACACACAGGGACCUAGUGCUUCGGCACUUAGAUUGAUUGGGACCACAGGUCAACCGAGAAAAGUGCAAGCUCUCCCCUGUGCAGAGCAUCCUCUAUUUUGGUAUGGAACUCAACUCUGUCUCCAUUACAGCGCGACUGACUACAGAAAGCGCUCAGUCAGUGUUGAACUGCGUGGAAUAUUUCAAGCAGUCAGCGGUCCCCCUGAAAUUCAGAGGCUCCUGUGCACAUGGCAUCCUCGGCGGUGGUGAUACCCCUCGGGUUGAUGCACAUGAGACCGCACCAACACUGGCUACAGAGUCGAGUUCCCUGGAGAGCGUGGCACACCGGUAGCAGGCGGAUGGUGAUUACGCCUCUCUGCCAACGCACCCUAACCCCUUGGUCUUCAAUGACCUUUCUACGGAUGGGGGUCCCUCUCGGGCAGGUCACGAGGCGCGUGGUGGUGAAGACAGAUACCUCCCUGCAGGGUUGGGGUGCCGUGUGCAACGGGCACGCAGUGUCGGGGCGUUGGAUGGGUCCCCGCCUGCGCAAGCAUAUCAACUGCCUAGAGUUGUUGGAUGUGCUACUUGCACUGAAGGGGCUACAACCUCUCUUGCAGAACAAGCACGUGCUGGUCCGGUCGGACAGCACAACUGCCAUAGCGUAUACCAACGCCAGGGUGGCGUUCGCUCACGGCAGCUAACACGACUCGCCCGACGCCUCCUCCUGUGGAGUCCGCAGGUGAGCAGAUCCCUGCGAGCCACACAUAUCCCAGGCGACCUGAACCAGACAGCCGAUGCGCUCUCUCGUCAGUUGACGCCUCGCGGAGAGUGGCGACUCCACCCCCGCGCAGUCCAGCUCAUUGGGUAUAGUUCGGGCGGGCUCAGGUAGACCCCUUCGCCUCCCUGGACACCACCCAUUGCCCGGUAGGGUACUCCUGUCCGAGGCCCCCCUCGGCAAGGAUGCUCUAGCGCACAUCUGUCCGUGGGACAAGCGGAAGUACGCCUUCCCCCCAGUGAGCCUCAUUGCACAGACCCUGUGCAAGGUCAGGGAAGAGGAGCAUCAAGUGUACUAGUUGCGCCACACUGGCCCAACCGGACUUGGUUCUCGGAGCUAAUGCUCUUGACAACAGCUCACCCCUGGCUGAUUCCCCUGAUGAAGGACCUGCUUUCCCAGGGGAAGGGCACGUUAUGGCAUCCCAGGCCAGAACUCUGGAACGUCCAUGUCUGGCCCCUGGACGGGAUGAGGAGAUCCUGAGUGGCAUACCCCCUGCAGCGGUUAGGACCAUCACUCAGGCUAGGGCCCUGGCCACUAGGCGGCUAUACGCCUGUAAGUGGUGCCUCUUCUCAUCCUGGUGCUCUUCUCGAAGAGAAGACCCGCGGAGUUGCUCGAUUGGGAACGUGCUGUCCUUCCAGAAACUCGAGAGUAAUCUCUCCCCUUCCACACUGAACGUGUAUGUAGCCGCUAUUGCCGCUCAUCACGACCCAGUUGCUGGUAAGUCUCUAGGACAGCACAACCUGAUCAAUUGGUUCCUAAGGGGUGCGGGAAGGCACUGCCUCUCCUGCGCUUCGUACCCUCUUGCGACCUUGAUGCGGUCCUGGAGCCCCUCGGAGAUGCCGCUCUUUCUCACCUCAUGAUGAAGACGGCUCUCCGGAUGGCGCUCAAGAGGGUAGCGUACCUACAAGCAUUCUCCGUGUCCACAGAUUGCAUAGAAAUCGGGCCCGGUGAUUCUCACGCUAUCCUGAGACCCCGGCCCGGCUACGUGCCCAAAGUUCCCACCACUCCCCCUACACCAGGUGGUGAACUUACAGGCGCUCCCCACCGGGGAGGAAGACCCAACCCCAUCCGUGUUGUGUCCAGUACGCGCAUUUGCUUGGACCACACGCAGAGCCACAGGAGCUCUGAGCAGCUCUUUGUCUGUUUUGGAGAUCAGCAGGGAGGGCUGUCUCAAACAGAGAUUGGCGCACUGGAUCAUGGACGCCGUCACUACAGCGUACCUGUCCUAAGAUCGCCUGUGCCCACUGGGUGAGAGCUCUCUCCACACGGAGUAUAGCCUCCUCGUGGGCACUGGCUCCAGGCGCCUCUCUGGCAGACAUCUGCAGAGCUGCGGGUUGGGCUACUUCGCGAGGUCCUACAGUCUCCGUGUAAAACCGGUAUUGGCUCGAGUCUUGCAGGCAUCAGGCAAGACUGGCGGCCGGUAGGGUGUACGCCUAUGACAGUACCUUCCCCCCUUUCUCCUAAGGGGGUCAGCGUACUAACUAGCCUCUCUUCUUCCCCCACUGGGUGAAGAACAGGCACUCCAUCCAUCACUAAGCAAGCACCUCCUGCGGGCGGGCUGGGCAGAGCAGCCCUGCCCCUUAGGCAGAGUACCAACUGAGUUAUCCACAACAUAGCUCUAACCGGACCUAGUGCUAAUGGACGUUGUAACCCCCCAGCCGGGCGGUUCCGUUUGAUGUAUCUUCAUGAUUGGUUCCCACCUUGGUAACCCAUGACCUUCCCUAGGUGGACCUCCACCUCGCGGUUAACUCCUUAAGUCCGCACAUUCUUCCCAUGAGUUCUCCCCCAUCGGUGAGACCAUGUUGGUAUCUCCACUAAACUCCUCCCUCCGGUAGGAAGUGGUCUCUGUAGCGCAUCCCCCGCUUGAGGAAGUAGCGCUUACCCAGUGGCCUUACAGUACCAGGCGGCUUCUCGCUGUUAGAGAAACAAGGCCGCCGCCUGUGAGGCCGAAGGCAGGGGCCUUCCCACCUUUCAAGAAAGCUCUGGGACCCCCUACCUACCCACUGGUAGGUUACAAUUUUGCGUUAGUGCUCACGGCUGACAUGCCCAGGCCAGUCACCGUCGCUUCGCUAGAGAUUGUGACAGGGCACAGUGUUGUGGCGUUUUCCAUAGGAACCCCAUCUGUCGGCUCGACACAACGUCAAGAGACCGACAGAAAGUGAACGUCUUGGUUACGGAUGUAACCUCAGUUUCCUGAUGGAGGGAACGAGACGUUGUGUCCUUCUUGCCACAACACGUGCUGCCCACUGCAGCAGUCGUGAGACGUCUCAGGCUCCUCAAAACUAAGGUGAAUGAAUGAGGCAUGGCGUCUCCCUUUUAUACCCGGAUAUCCGGGGGCGGAGUCCGGCAUGCAAAUUUCAUUCACCAAUUUCAUUGGCCUUUUCUAAGAAGUCGGAAGCGAUUGGUUCUCAGGGACGAACCCCAUCAGUCGGCUCGACGCAACGUCUCGUUCCCUCCAUCAGGGAACUGAGGUUACAUCCGUAACCAAGACGUUUGUGUCUCAAUGUUGUAUCUGUCUUUCUCCCAUUUACAGGAAUUGGGUGAUAAGAGACAGUGACUGGGAGCGAUUGCAGUGUGAGUCCUUCAUCAGAGAAAGAGAAAGAAUUGGGUGAUAAGAGAUCAGUGACUGGGAGCGAUUACAGUGUGAGUCCUUCAUCACAGAAAGAGAAAUGCCUCCGUGAAGUUCACUGUUCUGUUAUCUCCAGCUUCGAUUCUUGUGAAGAUUGCAGUGGACCUGUGUCUAGUCGAAAAUGGCUUGGCUUAACAUGCAAAUUAUGUUCAAGAUCAUGGCACAAACCUGCUUCCUGAAAAAAGGAGAAGUGCUCAAUGUGGGAUUGUCCUGUUCUGAAGACUUCAGCUCUGAUGAAGAAUAUACUCCUCAAUCCUCUGAUGACUUCAUUCCAGAUUCUAGACAAAAUAGUGAUAGUGGCGAAAGUCCACCAUAUUUUAAAACCACACCAGCUGUUGUAAAGUCUUCCAAGAUGGCAAAGAAUGUGCCAAAACCCACUUACUGUUCAUCCACUGAGCAAGACAUGAUUAGUUCUGCUAAGGACAUGUGAUGGUCAUGAUCCUACCACAAACAAUAUUGUGAUGCUUCAGAGUUCUAAGAAAACACCUGCAGAGUCUGCUGAUGAACGGUCAUCAAUUGACAAUGUGUCAAACCCCAAAGACACUAUUUCUACCCACAAGAAUUACUGUUAUGUGUGCAAGAAACCUCAGUCUAAAAUUGCCCGUCACGUUCAAAAGCAUCAAGACACUGAGACAGAAAUCGCUGCUGCAUUCUCGCUCCCUAAACACUCCAAGGACAGAAAACGGUUACUUGAGAAGCUCCGAAACAGAGGCAACUACGAACAUAAUCGAGAGGUUAUGGAGAAUAAGAGUGGACCACUGAAAGUUAAAAGGUGACCAGCGAGAUCAGAGAUUGAACUGAGUUCCGGAAAACAUGUGUACUGUGUAUACUGCAAAGGCUUGUUUGUUCGCAAAGAGCUCUGGCGACAUUCACGGAGAUGCCCGUCGAAGAAGGUUUCUGAGACUGAAGCAACUGGUAAGGCCAAAGUCUUAGUUUUGGCAGAUAUGGCAGAGUCAUCAUUCUCCCAGGCAAUAUCUCCUGGAGUGUGGAAGCUUUUAGGAAAUAUGAAGAAUGAUGACAUUUCAUCUCUAGUUCGAAAUGAUUUUCUCAUACUGCAACUGAGUCAGUCUCUUUACAACAAACAUGGCAGCGAUCCAACAAAAUCUGAGUACAUUCGGCAGAAAGUGCGUGAAAUGGGCAGACUGUUGCUGAGCUUGAGAAGAAAGUACUCAAUAUUUAGCUUUGAAGAUGCUGUGAAACCGAGCAAAUUCUACAAAGUCAUUGAUGCUGUGAAAGAUGUCGCUGGUUAUGAUGAAAAGAGCCACUCGUAUAAGACGCCAAGUCUUGCGCUAAAGUUAGGACAUUCACUUAACAAGAUCGGUGACAUUAUUCUCUGCAGGGCCAUCGCAGCAGAGGAUGAUGCUUUGACAAAAGCAGCAGAGCGAUUCAAAAGACUGUGCUCAAGUGAAUGGGCAGAACAUGUCUCUCAUGCCGCUCUUGCUACUUUGACCCAAUCAAAGUUCAAUAAACCAUCUACUCUUCCAUUUACACAAGACGUGCAGCUUCUUAAUCAGUACCUAGAGAAGAAAUGUGCAGAUGCUUUUGAAAGCCUGAAAAAGAACGAAUCUCCACAAACAUAUGCAGAACUCGCCAAAGUGACACUUGCACAAGUGAUCAUCUUUAACAGACGUCGAGCAGGAGAGGUCUCAAAAAUGACUAUUGAGUGUUUUAUGAAAAGAGACCAGACUGAGCUCCAUGAGGAUAUAGCUCUCAGCCUCUCUCCAUUUGAGCAAAAAAAUGUCAAAGCAUUUCAGCAGAGUAGAAAUAAUGGGCAAGAGAGGGAGAAAAGUUGCUGUUUUGUUAAACCCUGAAGUUGUCCGAGCAAUACAGCUUAUUGUGGACAAGAGAGACUCAUGUGACGUGGACAGGGACAACCCCUUUCUAUUUGGAAGACCGAAGUGUUCAGCCACCAGCUUCUUCAGGGAACAGGACUGCAUCAGGCUUUUUGCAAAUCAGUGUGGUGCACAGAACCCGGAAUAUCUCAGGUCUACACAGCUUCGUAAGCAGGUGGCCACAAGGUCACAGAUUCUUAAUCUUAAGGAUAAUGAGCUGGAUCAAUUAGCCAAUUUUUUGGGGCAUGACAUUCGGGUCCAUAGAGACUAUUAUCGGUUGCCAGAUGCAACUAUAGAAAUUGCAAAAAUCUCAAAGCUCCUGCUUGCGAUGGAGAAAGGAACUCUCGCAAGUUUCCAAGGAAACUCUCUAGAUGAAAUAGAGAUUGAAGAUGAAAUUGAUCUGGAAUUGGAUGAUGAAGAAAUAAGUGAUAAGUGAAGAUAAUGAAGAAUCGUAUGAAAUGAAACAAAAGAAGGAUGGAGUUGACCCAGGAUGAGGCUGAAAGUUCCAAUGGAUAAGUUCCCCCAGACGAGGCUGAGAGCUCCACAGAGCCCAAAUCAAGGAGAGUUGUGAAAAGGCCAUGGAGCCAGAUGGAAGUGAAUGCCGUAAUGAAACAUUUCAAAACACAUAUUUUAAAGGGACACCUCGCCACAAAGGCAGAAUGUGAGCAGUGCAAGAAUGCAGAAGACCCUGUCGUAGGGGAAAGAACUGUGCAAAAUAUAAGGGAUUUCGUGAGGAAUCGAGGUUUGAUGUUUAAAAAGAAAUGUUCUUAGAAAGAUCAGUGCCAUUCCAUUAAGGUCUGUGUUUUUUGUUCAAGAUUUGAGUGGAUGACCCUGUUUUUGUUCAAAACAUAUGGUUAUAUAUAAAGUUUUUAUUUAUUGACAUGUACACAUUUUAGUUGUGAUAGUGUGUAUGCGAGUGUUCACACAGGCACACCUAAUUAAUCCUUAAUUGUGUGAGUAUGUUAGUGAUGCCCUGAUGAAUCCAGUUUGUCCU